AUGAGGGGCAGGCAGGGACUGGUUUUGAGUGGAGAGAUGAAUGGUACCUAGGCAUGACUUCCUGGCCUAGAGGAAAGAAUGUCUGAAAUGUAGGUGUUUCCCCAGCCCUCUGUGGCUGAAGCCAGCAGUUGUACGUCACUGUCAUGGGAAUGGCUGGGUUUUGUGUAAUUUCCUGGACUAGGAGGGAAGGCACUUGUGGGAGAUGGAAUCUCUAGAUAGGAGAUUGGUACAAAUGAAGGCUCCUAAAAUGUACAGGAUGUCAUAGAGUCCUGGGCUGUCUCACUGCUGUGGACAUUUGUUCUUGUGACUCCAGGGCGGAGUGUAGAGGCACUCUGGGAAGGAGAGGCUAGGGCAGCCCUCCCUCUUGGACUUUCAAGUGCUUAGGUGCCCCAGGAAACAGGAUGCCAACGGUGAGCCUGGCCCUUUUCUGAUGAGAAACCGAACCUGGCUUUGGGGUUUACUUUGAUGCACUAAAUUUCAUGCUGUCCCCAGUGCUGGUGUGUGGUUUUGUGCAUCUCAGAAUGGAGACACAUAGAAUGGAGUUGGAGUGGCUAUAAAGGGGGAAAAAGCAAGUCUUCUUUCCCCCUCCCUGCUUUUUAAAACAGUGUCUCUAUGUAUCCCUGGCUGGCCUGGUACUCAAAGAGACCCACCUUUCUCUGACUCCCUAGUGUUGGAAUUAAAGCCAUGUGCACCUCACUUGGCAUUUCUUCAGACAAGGUCUUGGUGUGUAGACCAGGAUGACCUCAAACUCUCAGAAGUCCUCCUGCCUCAGCUUCUCUAGUGCUGGGAUUAUAGUGUGCAUCACUAUACCCACAGAUACAGGACUAACUGUUGGAGAAUAUUUUUAAAUAGGGUACAGUGUGCACAGCUGUGGGUGGCCUGUGUCAUAUGGCAUUACCGCAGAGUACUUUGAUGGCAGGUAACCUAGGGACAAAAGAUAGAGUUCUGUGUGCCUCCUUCCUGAAUGGCAUAUAGACUUUUCCCUUCUACUUGACAUCUGGGGUGGUGACCCUUGGCUAAGAGCACAGAUGUUGGCGAGAAGUUAAUCCUAGUUAGCAGAUACGAUGUGUUCAAUCUGUCCCACAUGCCAACCUCACCCUUCACAUGGUUGGCUCCUUGAGAUAAAUGUCUAUCUCCCCCCAAAAAUCAGUGGCUAAGUAAGAGGGGAAACAUGAUGACCACAUUUGGACUGCAAGCUAGCCUGUGGUCCAUCAGUUUCUAAACCCUAGCUCAAAACUCUCUGACCUAGCGUGUUAACUGGAACAGUGAAUGGAUUUGUCCAUGAGAAAACCAAGAAACAUUUUCCUUAGGAGAUUCUCUGUUUUGGAUUUAAAGUGUUCUCCCCAAUAAGUUAGAUAGACAGACCGACAGACCUCAGUAAAGUUUUUGCAUACCCCAUUCUCCACUGAGUGGAGAAGCUCCAGCUGCUUUGCAUGCAGCUGGUGUUACAGCUGCCAGGCAGAGCUCACCUAAAACAGGCACUGCUGCAGAUCAGGGUCUCUUAAAGCCGUGCGUCACAAAACUAGUCUAGCUAACCUGGCUGGCGUUCAGUGCCUGCUUGGGAAUCUGGGCUUGGUUAUAGCUGGUAUCCCUGAGACCAAGGACCAGAAUGGCAGUGCCGUCACGCAUGAGCUCAGGAAUAGUUGCCCUUGGCUCCUCCUGUCUGUCUCACAUCCUCCAGAGUGUUCCCUGGCACUGUUUCUGCUAAGUAGGCAUUGUCUGAACCUUUACCCUCAUCACCAAAUUAUUAGUGGGUUAAUGCCACACAGGGGAUGGAGCAAGUAGCAGGGUUCCUAAGGGACUCUAGAUUCCAAGGCUAUCCCCAGCUCUCAGCCAGGAGUGCUUCUGUAGGAGAGCCAAGCCACUGGCUGCGUAACAAGCUGGUCUGGGGAAUGUUGGAAAGAGCAAGCACCUGGCUGCCCUCCUGGCCUCUCAAGGCUUUCCUAGGAGUAUCUCUCACCAGAGCAAGAAAAUUGUGCAAGCAGGUGACAAGGACCUUGAUGGGCAACUGGACUUUGAAGAGUUUGUACAUUACCUCCAAGAUCAUGAGAAAAAACUGAGGCUGGUGUUCAAGAGUCUGGACAAAAAGAAUGAUGGACGAAUCGAUGCUCAGGAGAUCAUGCAGUCCCUGCGGGACCUGGGUGUCAAGAUCUCUGAACAGCAGGCGGAGAAGAUUCUUAAGAGAAUACGGACGGGCCACUUCUGGGGCCCUGUCACCUACAUGGAUAAGAAUGGCACGAUGACCAUCGACUGGAACGAGUGGAGGGACUACCACCUCCUGCACCCUGUGGAGAACAUCCCGGAGAUCAUCCUGUACUGGAAGCACUCGACGAUCUUCGAUGUCGGUGAAAAUCUGACAGUCCCAGAUGAGUUCACAGUGGAGGAGAGGCAGACCGGGAUGUGGUGGAGGCACCUGGUGGCAGGAGGUGGGGCAGGGGCAGUUUCCAGAACCUGCACUGCCCCCCUGGACAGACUGAAGGUGCUCAUGCAGGUCCAUGCCUCCCGCAGCAACAACAUGUGCAUUGUAGGUGGAUUCACACAGAUGAUUCGAGAAGGGGGAGCCAAGUCACUCUGGCGGGGCAAUGGCAUCAAUGUCCUCAAAAUUGCCCCUGAAUCGGCCAUCAAAUUCAUGGCAUAUGAGCAGAUGAAACGGCUUGUCAGUAGUGAUCAGGAGACGCUGAGGAUCCACGAAAGGCUUGUGGCAGGCUCCUUGGCCGGAGCCAUUGCCCAGAGUAGCAUCUACCCAAUGGAGGUUCUGAAGACCCGAAUGGCCCUGCGGAAAACAGGACAGUACUCCGGCAUGCUGGACUGUGCCAGGAGGAUCUUGGCUAAAGAGGGUGUAGCUGCCUUCUACAAAGGCUACAUCCCCAACAUGCUGGGGAUCAUCCCCUAUGCUGGCAUCGACCUAGCUGUCUAUGAGACAUUGAAAAAUACCUGGCUUCAGCGCUACGCAGUAAACAGUGCAGAUCCCGGUGUGUUCGUGCUCCUGGCCUGUGGUACUAUCUCCAGUACUUGUGGCCAACUGGCCAGCUACCCACUAGCCCUGGUCAGGACCCGGAUGCAGGCACAAGCCUCCAUUGAGGGCGCACCUGAGGUAACCAUGAGCAGCCUCUUCAAACAGAUUCUGCGGACUGAGGGGGCCUUUGGGCUCUACCGGGGGCUGGCCCCCAACUUCAUGAAGGUGAUCCCGGCUGUGAGCAUCAGCUACGUGGUCUACGAAAACCUGAAGAUCACCCUGGGCGUGCAGUCUCGGUGACGGGAGGGUGGUGGACUUGGUGAGCCUGGGCUGCGGCCCAGGGUGUGCAGCCGCCUCAUUCUGUGAAUGUGCCAACACUAAGCUGACUUACCCAAGCUGUGAAACCCAGGAUACCACAGGGGACGGGCAGGGAGCUGGCAAGCUCUGGGCUGGUUCUGCUGACCUGGCAGACCUUCGUGUCUCUUCCAAGGAAGACCUGUGGAUGUUCCUUGGGGUCCAGGGGUCAGUAAGAUGUAGGCUCCUGCACUAGAGACAGGACGUUUUCCUCAGUGCCUGCCAGAUAGCGAGCUUGGAUGCCAGCUUAGUUCUUCCAUCUCGUUCACUCAGCCGGACCUCAGCUACGGCAUCCCUCUGGUCCAAAGAGCAUUCCUGUGCCCCUCAUAUCUCUCCACUGAUGCGCUGUGGUAGAAAGUGGGCCUGCCCCCACUCUUUCUUGUCCUUCUGUCCAUCUUCCCUCAGUGCUGCUCUUCCAAACCUGUUUCCCAAGCUGCAGCAUCCAUGGGACCUGUGGUACGGGAAGCUGAAGAAGUACCAUUAUGUCCUCGCCUAUUCUGAGCCCACCAGCAAGGCCACCUGGCUGUGCCCAGGUACAGGCACUGGCUGCCUGACAGCGCGGUGCAUGGCUUUGCUGAAAGCUAGUGCUAGGACCUGGAACCCAGAGGACUUGUGCUGCCUGCAUGGGCCUAACGUCCUCUGAGCUGCCCCUAAGCCCUGUCAGGACUGGCACCACCAACUCAUGCCCACACUCAUUGUUCAGUUCUGUGGUGUGAGGGUAGGCAGGGUACCUGCCCCAUGUCAGCCGCCCUGAUGAGAAGAAAACGAUGCUGAAGGCCUUAAUAACGUCUUAGUGGGUAAAGGAUUUGGUUCAGAAGGACAAGCUGGACACUGCAAGUGCCACACUCGCUGUGAGCCCGGGGCAGGUAGCCUGUCUGCUCUCAAGUCUGUUCUGAGGGCCCUGUGGGGCCAAGCGGGACCAGCCUCACAUUCCAUGCGUGUACCACUCUGCUUGGAGCCUAUUUAUUUUGUAUUUAUUUGAACAGAGUUAUGUCCUAACUAUUUUUAUAGAUUUGUUUAAUUAAUAGCCUGUCAUUUUCAAGUUCAUUUUUUAUUCAUAUUUAUGUUCAUGGUUGAUUGUACCUUCCUGUCAUCACCUGGUGGGGCAUGGGAAGACAAGAUGGGAAAGUGGCCACAGAGUGACCUUGCCUGCUGCCCACACUGACAGUGUGUCUGUCCCACUAGAAACAGAGGGAACGGCACAGGGAAGACACCCAGGCCGGGUAGGGUAGUGGGGAAGGUGGCAGCUUGACAUUCUUUCCUGGACCGGGAGGAUUUCUUUAUUUUGCCCUUUUGGAACGACAAGGCAGUGAGGUGCUUCACCAGGAAUUUGGUUUGAGGGUGAGGACUGAAGGACAGGGUGGCCUGCCUUCCCCAACCCUUGACCUGGACUCCCUCCUGGCCCACAGCUGCCCAUGCUCAAUGAGUGACCUGCUGGCCACUUGGCAAUUGUGCCUCCAUUGCCCCAGAAUGGCCUGAUGAGGAAAAUCCAAACAGGAUGCAAAGAUCAAUGCAAAAAUCACCGGUCUGCAUAGUCUAUGCUGUAACUGGAGUUUGUCAAAGGCAAGCAGCCUUCUAAUAAAGUCGCUUCAAAUGUGA